AUGUUAUUUGCUGACAACAUCGUACUGUGUACUGAGGAUAAUGAAGAAGCCGAACAAGAGCUAGAAAGAUGGAGGCAUGUCCUGGAGAAGCGAUGGAUGAAGGUCAGCCGAAGUAAAACGGAAUAUAAGUGUGUCAAUGAAAGAGAUGGUGAUGGACGUGUUAGUAUGGAAAACAUCGAAAUCAAGAAAGUCCAAGAAUUUAAAUAUCUGGGGCCAACAACGGACAGAGAUGGAGACAUCCACACGGAAGUUAGCAAGAGACUGCAGUCAGGUUGGGAAGGGUGGAGAAAAGUCUCUAGCAUCCUAUGUGACAGAAAUAUGUCUACAAAGAUCAAGGGCAAGAAAGGCUCUCACUUAGCAGGGCGAUCGGAUAUGCCACUCAAAGAUAGAGCUAAGACGAGGACGCAGGUGUGCCCAGGUUUUGUUGCACAGAAGCAGAAGUCUGCCUUGCUUCCGAGCACUUUUGUGUAUCCUGUGCCCCUUGUGCUCUCACAUGUCGAGAAUGAUAUUGAAGUAAGGGCGUUUUAUCCAUGGCAAUGA